UGCUUAUUGACUGCAGAAAAAACAGAAGCUGCUCAGUGAAAAGAUCUCCUCUACAUUUUGUUUGCAGGAAAACUUGAAGGAGAAGCUCUCACCUCCUGCAGCUUUCCCUAAAAUCCAAAGUUCCUCUCUCAGCAAUGGCUAUGGUGUGCCUUUCAGACUUUGAAGCUYAUGCUAAAAAGUAUUUGCCCAAGUUUGCUUGGGAUUAUUUUGCAGCUGGGGCAGACGACUGCGUCACACGAGAUGAAAACAUCCUGGCAUAUAAAAGAAUCCGUUUCCGGCCYCGUAUGCUGCAGGACGUAUCUGUGAUGGACAUUAGGACUAAAAUCCUGGGCACUGAAAUCAGCUUUCCUGUAGGAAUUGCCCCUACGGGCUUCCACCAGCUAGCAUGGCCUGAUGGAGAGAAAAGCACAGCCAGAGCGGCCAGGGCCAUGAACACGUGCUACAUUGCCAGCACCUACUCCACCUGCACCCUGGAGGAGAUUUCCACRGCUGCUCCUGGUGGUCUGCGCUGGUUCCAGCUCUACAUCCACCGAAACAGGGCGGCGUCCCAGCAGUUGGUCUGGAGGGCACAGACUUUGGGAUUCCAGGCCCUUGUCCUCACCACGGAUGUGCCCUACACAGGAAAGAGACGCGAUGAUGUCCGCAAUGGCUUCCGCCUGCCUCCCCACAUGAAAGUGAAGAAUUUGGAAAGAGAUUUUGAGGGGGAUGACUGUUCAGAAUAUGGACUGCCACCCAACAGCUUGGAUCCUUCUGUCACCUGGAAGGACAUCGAGUGGCUGAGGAGCCUGACCCAUCUGCCCAUCAUCAUCAAAGGCAUCCUGACAAGAGAAGAUGCAGAGCUGGCAGUGAGACACGGAGUGCAGGGAAUUAUUGUGUCCAACCACGGUGGAAGGCAGCUGGAUGAAGGACCUGCCACUAUUGAUGCUCUGGUUGAGGUUGUGGAAGCAGUUCGAGGCAGAGUUGAAGUUUAUGUGGACGGUGGAAUACGGAAAGGAAGUGAUGUUUUAAAAGCACUGGCACUGGGAGCAAAAUGUGUUUUUAUUGGAAGGCCAGCUUUGUGGGGCCUGGCUUAUAAGGGUGAAGAAGGUCUUCAAGAAGUCUUGAGAAUUCUGCAGGAUGAGUUUCGUUUGUCAAUGGCCUUGGCUGGCUGUUCCAGUGUCUCAGAGAUCAGCCAGCACCUGGUUCAGUUCUCCAAACUGUGAUGGAGCUCCUGCCAUGCCCACCAAAAACAGGCAGCUCAACCCAGGCUGAAGGGGAAAAACGAGGUGCAACAAGAAUCUGCCUUCCAGAAACUCCAGAAUCUCCAGAAGAGAUUAGGAAAGUGUUAGCAAAGGCUGUGCUCUGUUUUUAUUGAGACCAAUGAAUCCUUCGACAGUUCGGGCAACUCUCACUUGCUCAAAUACAUUUGUUUUUAGCUGGUUGUUCCAUGUCAUUACCUGUGUUGGGCCUUACUCCCAAAUUCCACCACAGACAUGGAAAACUCUGUUCCUUGCUUUUUCCACUCAUCCUGCCAAAUCUCACUGCAGCUCUAUCUGCACAUCUCUCCUGCUCCGCACAGGAAAUGUUGAGGCUGUCCUUUUCCUUACAUUUGGCUUUUCCUGGGUGCAUUCACAACAGAUAAAGAAACAAGAUCAGCUAGCAGGCAGCUCAGC